GCUCCUCGCAAUGCACCAACAACCGUUUCGUGGUUGACAAGCCCCUGGAACGCCAUGCCGCAGUUUCUCCUCAAUGUGAUGACAGAUUCUCGGAAACAAGCGAUCACUGCAACGAUGGAGAAGCCUGUCGGUCUCGGAUGGCCGAUGCCGCCUCUGCCUAUAUGCCUGGGUUGCGCCUGAUUUGCGUGACCGGCCUGGAGCCAAGAGCUCUGUCCGCUUCUUUCGAGUGAAGAAGACAGCAAACACUAUAGCUAGACGCGCAAAUAGCUGCUUCCCACCAUAUUGCCUGCCUAGCACAGUAUAACCAUCGCCAUCAUGGCUUCUGUACAAAAUACCACUGCACAGUCUUAUUCUCGGCCUAGGCGCAGCACAUCCAACGGCCCCAACACAUUUCUACCACACUCGCGCAGCUUUUCACACGGCCUCGAUGGUGCCCCACCACGUCCACUACGGAGCUACUCCAACGGGCCAUUCGCCACCGGUCCCGAGGUUCCUCCAUCACUCACCAGACAGAAUCUUGAGGGCGACGACGAUAGUGUGCCACCUCUUCCUACCCGUAAUUACUCCAACGGCCUCGACAACAAUCCUCCACAACCGAUUCGAUCUUACUCCAACGAACGCGCAAACAUACCCCCGCUUCGGACGAGAAGCUUCUCAUUAGCAUCAACAGUUCACGACGAAACAUCUCCUGUCAUAUCUGCGAGGUCAUGGAUGUUUAAAGAGGGCGCAGUGCCAUGGGGUGAUGCCAACCGGAGAGACGGCAAUGGGUUCAUGUCUCGCUCGCCAUCUGACUAUUCCCAGGAGUCGGAGCCUCCCAAGAAGCGAAAGCCUUGGUACCGAAUAGGUUUUUGGGGUUUCAUGACAAUAAUUCACGGCACAAUUCUCAGCUUCGCCUUCUUGGCCUUCCUUUGCUUCCUUUGGUUGACAAAGGAGAAGCUCGAUCCGGAACUCGCCGGCCCGACCUGGAGAUGGGUUAUGUUGGGAGGAAGAGUCACGCAGGCCAUUACCUUGGCUACUGUACUCAUAAGAAUCGCCGUCACAACAAAAGCAGCAGUCUUCACCAGCCUGAUAGCAUGCAUCAUGCUGGAAAAGUAUGGUGUUCCCCUCUCUCAGGUGGCUGAACUGUCUGUCUUGAGAUGUGUCAACGAUGGACCAAUGAGACUGGCCUGGCUCCUACUGACAUCAUGUCGCAAGUCGCCAUUGUUGUCGAUAGUGUCGCUUGGUCUGAUUCUCACAACAGUCGCGGUCCAGUUUUCCUCUACGAUUCUGGUCUCGGAUCUCGACUUUACCAGGAUCAUUGGGGAGCCGGGCAACACAUCUAUGCCCGUCUUUAUGAAUAUGGACGUCAUCAACCUGAACCAUCAGUCUAAUGGCUGGGUUGAGAGGCCUACAGCAUACAUCCCAUUUGGGGAGGUGGGAUCCGGGAUGAACUCGACACCGACUUCACUGGGUGUCAGCGAUACGGGGAUUGUUCGCAGAGUAUUCUUACCAGUGCCACCCAGUGAGCAAGAGCACGUCCGUCGGUACAGUGGUCAGGCAGUUGUUUUCAACUCUAGGUUUGUCUGCAUGCGCCCAUCUGUCAACGCUACAGUGUCCUCGUCAGCCAAUGUCUGGCCGGGCAUGUCGUUCCUGCCACUCUUCCUGAGUGUUUGGGGCAAUAUCGACUAUCAAGCGACGUUUGAACAGGCCGGCAUGCCUCUUCCAGCAAACUGCUCUGCAGGCAGUUGCUUUCCCUCGGCUUUUAACUGCUCCUUAAGUCAGCACACGGACGCGACGGCACAUCAGCGACAAGGCUUCACCAACAGCGUUUGUGUGCCUGACGGUAGUGGUGCGGCUGCCAGCGCCAAUAACUUCACCUUGCCCGAGGAUGAAGCAAUACCCGCCUAUGCUGGCGUCUUUCUUUUCUUUCGGAGCAAUAGCACGAUUGAUCUUUGGCGCGGGCCCAACAACACUGCGCUCAAUGGAGACUUUCCCCUGCCGAACCCGCCUGCAUCAGACGGCGAGUGGGUUACCUAUGAGCGUGCUGUGGGUGGUCGCAUGGGGGGCAUGCAGUUCUUCAACGGCGGUAUGCGCCUCGAUAUGUCAAUCUGCUUCCAACAGCUUACUUUUGACAUGUCCGAUGUGAAAGUUUUCAGCCCUAGAGACCUGGAGCGCCCGGUUGUGUCUUGGGACUCGGAAAAGAUGCGUUGGGACACAAAUGCAGUACGUAGGAUGAUCGACCCGACAUCUCAGAACUUGGGCGCGGACGGUAGUAGGCCGAACAUGCUCCCGCCAUCAGAGCGAGGGACAUACGAGGUUGAGUCGAUUUCAUCGACCUCGAGGCGCAACAUGGCGACGUACUUCAACAACAAGCUGAUCAACACCAACUACAACUCGCCACAAAUAAACAACGUCUCGCUGUUUAUGGAUCAGCUUGGGGUAGGAAACCCCACUAUUUACCCCCACUUCGAAUACCAGGUUCUGUUUUCAGAUGCACUGAACUCAACCGAUCGUCCCGGUCGUGCAUUCCAGACGGUAUUAACGGCGAUGGCCGGGUCAGCGAUCAACGAGGCGAUUCCGCAGUUCAACAUGAUGGGAAACACAACACUCACGUCUUCUGUCUCGAUUUUGACGCCCCGUAGGGUAAAGGGCCUGAUAUCAGUUUUUGCCAUCGUUCUCGGUAACAUGACGUGCGGAAUCACGGUGCUGGCUCUGUUCUUCCUGAAGACGAAGUUUUCCACCAGAGGCAAUACAUGGCAGGCAGUCUCUCAGCUCGUCUCAGAACACACGGCAUGGCUGCUCGAGGAAUCCGCCGAGCUGACGGACGACGAAAUUGAGAAAAAGUUCACUAGGGACAUGGAUCCCAGCGUUCAGAUCGCCCGGUCUGGGAAGACGGGCAGGGUGCAAGUUCUGUUGUCGACUGCGGUUCGGCAGGGGAAUAAAUAAUACGAUUCGGACUUUGUAUCGGCAUCCUCUUGCGGGCGUGCGUCCUCACGCAGGCAGUACAUGUAAUAAAAUCUAUUUCUCAAUUACUUGAGUCUAAUAUCAUCUUUCCAAAUAUUCAUAUCUUCAUCCCACAAACUUUCCAUCAAUUGCCCCUUUUCAAUUUCUAGCGACCAAUCGACCCCAAGUGACAGGGCUGAAGAUCCAACAUCCCACUGGAUGCGGACAGAGCUCGGCAUUUUGUCCUGUUGAAUGACGCUAAGUGCAGGGUCCGGCUUUAUUUAUC